CAAAAGAGGUCCUGCGUUUGAAGGAGUGUGCUUUCUCAGCAGGCAGGCACACUUGGUGUCGGUAGGGGGAGGGUGGAGGGCCCGGAUUAGAAUUGGGCUGGACUGACCGUGUUUUUCAUUAGAGCGCUGGAUCUACUGCUCGAAAGGUGACGAACGAUGAAACUGUCCAAUUGGACCUAAGGAUGGUGGGCCUCAACCGAUUUUUUAAUUUUUUUUUGUUACGACUCGGUAAGGGGUUUGCUAAAAAGUGAGUGGAUCCGUUUACAGUUACCCCAGGUGGUGCUCGUGAUCUAGGCAGCCAAUGCUGCUGGAGGGUUUCUCACACAUGUAUGCUGGACUUUGUGACAGACCGGGAGUGAAAGAAAUGAAUGGUAUUGUGCUCAGCAGAGGCUGUCUGGAAACAAAAGAAAAACAAUCUGUGACACCAGGACAAAGCUGUGUCAUUUCCAUCCCCUUGGAGAAAACAAAAGGCAAAAGAAAGAGACCUCCAGAAUUCAUGUGCCCCUUAAGUGUCUGCAGGGCAAGAUGAGUACAGACAGACCCAAACGGAAUAUCAUCAAGAAAAAAUAUGACAUCAGUGAUGGAAUGCCAUGGUGUGAAGAACGUCUGGUCCGCAAAGUUCUUUUCCUGUCCCUCAGAGAAUUCAGAGACACACACCGUACCACACACAAACACUCAUACAUACACACACACACACACAAAUGUACAUCAAAAAAUACACUUUUACAUGCUCCAAGACAGACACAGACUCUACCUAACACACACACUAGACAGAGUGUGCACAUGCCACAACAAAAAGUCACUCAUAGACCACAGAACACACAUACACGGAAAAACACAGACAUGCACAUUUCAAAACACCUACACCCUCAUGAACACAACAACACAAGACAAAAGAUUAACUUGGCUCAGGGCUCUGACACACCAAAAAAUAAAUCUACCCACACACUACAGAAUGUGCAAACACAUUCAAAAAUAUGCACAGGGACACUUAUACACACUGUACAGCAUACACACCUCCAAGAAAAUUCACACAUGUUCCAGAAGAAUUCUGUAUCAACCAGGACACUACGCUCACAGAAAAUACAAAAUACACCACCCCUGACCUCGAAAUGCACAGAAGCUGCAAAGGACACACACAGAAUUCAGCACAAACACUCAGUGAAAAGACUCCGCACACCUGAAGACUCACAGACAUUGCUGAGCACUUCAGUUCCAGCCAGGAAUCUGAGGUCACACACAUCCACAACCCUCAGUGGCUCUGUGAUUAAUGGCAUCAGCCGGUGUCAGUCCUUCCUGUCAGCUAGUCCGAGCUGGAGCUGGUCCUUACCACCAUACCCUCGAGAGCACCUCCCUGAUAGGAUCUAUUGUGACAAGGAUGAUCCUGCCAACAAGAGGCCAAACCUGGUAAGAGCUGGCGGGUCAGCUGACGUACAGGCCCGACACAGAGGCCGGAGAUUCACUCCGCGCCAGCGGAGACAAGGAGAGCAGGGUCCGUGGGGCUGCAACAUCCCAUCUGAGCCCGCCACCGGUACCAACCAGGCAGCGACAGGGUCCGGCGAACAUCGAGAGAAACAAAGGCGAGGCCUCACUUCAUAUCCACCUGGAUCAGGACGUACCAACAUGGCCCUCAGCCUCACCAGACAGCCACUACGCUUCCCACGGCGGCGGUGCAGUUUUCGCCGUGGUGGUGGUGCUGGAGUGCGGCAGAGACCAAGGUUGCAAGCGCAGAGGAAGUUUGCCCAGUCCCCUCCCAGCUCUCCAGGGCCACCACUGUUGUUGACAUCUGCACGAAAUAACCACACCCAUAACCUGGCUGUAGUCACCUGUCUAACCAGACGUCGCCCCAAGACUGAGGAUUUCUUGUCUUUUCUCUGUUUGAGAGGUUCAGCAGCGUUGCCAAGAAACAUGGCUUUCUUAGUGAGGGAACGAACAAAAGAGCAGGCUGGCACUCAGCAUUGUACUUCCACCAUUCACAGGACAGCAGCUGAGGGAAAGUACAUAGGUAUAUUCAAUAGAAAAACAGUGAAGCAAGACUCUAGGGCUCUGAGGGGGAGUGGAGACUCUGCAGCUGUCAGCUCCUUCUGCCCUUUAACUGCCCGGGCACAGAGGAGGAGGGAGCGAGAGAUGAUGAGAGAGGAGGAACAGCAGAGGAGGAAGAGAGAGGGGGUGGAGAAUGACGGGAGAAAGGGGGCUGAGAGACACCUCCUGAGACCUCGCCAGCUCUCCCUAAAGGUCAGGAGGACUAACAAGGUUGCCAUGGUGACUGGAUUCUCUGAACAAAGAACCUCUUAUGUCAGGUCAGUCCCUUCUUUAAAGCCUAGCACAGGGGUUGGAAGCAGACGAUCCCACAGGCCAUGUGCAAGGCCUAGCAGUACCAGUAAACCAAGAGGCCAUCCCCAAAGCAGAUCCCUGCAAAUCAACAACAAGCACCUCCCCCAACAUAGCGACCAAGAGAUGCCUCACAAUCAGCACCUUCCUCUCGACCAUAGAACAGUCUCUAACUACUAUAGCAACCCUAAGACCAUCAGUAGUCUCCAAAACUCAGGAAGAAAUGCACGCAUAUCUCCAGCUCAAAUACCACUACCUAAUGGUUUAGUCAUUAGACAGCUAAGUGAGAACCCUGGGGUCCUGAGGUUGUCCAGAAGGAAGAGAGGCCUCCCGCCAGACACCAGCCCUACUCCUCUGAAUUGGGGUCCUUUGGACAACAACUCAUCAAAGAAGUGCAGGACAUUGCAAUACAAAGAUAGUAAUCACCCACUGGAAAAUUACUGCUAUAUUGGUGACAUCCCACAGAAAGAGGCCAACUAUGAUAAAGAUGUUAGAGACCAGUAUGUGAUCCAUAUGGAUAAAAUCAUAAGUAGCCAUGAUGAAGGACAUAGACAAUACAGAUCUGGCCCUAUUGGAGAGAUGGAACCAGAGAGGGGCAGUUGUAUUAGUAAAGACCUACAGGGCAAGGUAAAUAUGGGAAAGUUACGUUUGGCAAAGGUCACUACUCCAGAGUCCUCUCAUGAAAGGGUAAGCUUUUCCAGUGUCAUCUCAAACCAUGACUUCAGCCCUGUCAGUGAGGUCAUAUGCAGACCUGUGAGAAAAAAAAGACUCCAGAGAAAGCAAUCUGUGUCAUCCACUACUGUAACUAAAGCUGCUAUCAACUCAGUGACAUCUACGCACAUACACACUGACCCACUUGCCAGAUAUCCUGCCAAGUACACUAAGAGCACUAAUAAAGUCAUUCCACCAGUCAGCAGUUACUCAAUCUACAAUUCCAAAGGUGCUGCAAAAAACUUUAUCACAGAGGACUCUAAGGGCAGUGUGCCUGUCAGUAGCUAUUCUAGGGCUUCCAAGGGCUCUACAGAGGCCCAGACUAAGUCUACUACCUUAGCCAUUAAGACUAGGACCAGCCCAAGAAUCCUUUUGAAACACUAAUGUUCACCUUCACAGAUCAACUUUAUGGGAUACUUUAAUCUCAAAGAUAAUUAGCAAAAUAUUUAAAAUAACAUUUUAUACUGUAUUCUCUGUAAGAUUAGUUAGGUCCAUUGUUGCAACUGAACCUGGUUACAUGGCCCACUUUCCCAGCUCUGGUUCUGGUAAGGCACAGGCACCACUCUCCACAUAAUCAGUAUUCAUUCAAUAUUUACAGUAGCCGGGAACCCUCAAUGCUGCAAAUAAAAGA